AACGCGCAGUGCACACAUUUAAAUUCAUUUCGAAACCCAACUAAAUGUGUGGCAAAUACACUUAAUUUAAGUAUUAAUUGCAAUGUGCAAAAUGUGUCAGCUACAAACUAAAGAUAGAGCAAAGCUGUGGGCUAUGCGCUUGCUUAUGCUUUACACGUUGACAAAUCUGUUGAGCAACUGCCGAGCAGAGCGCACCAAUGUGGGUCUUGUCUAUGAGAACACUAUGCCAGAUCUCGAGAAAAUCUUUCAGCUGGCCAUAGAGAAGGCAAACGAGGCGAACGAGGAGCUGAAGCUGCACGGCGUAGCGGUGGCUAUUGAACCGGAUAAUGCAUUCGAGACCUCCAAAAAAUUGUGCAAAAUGCUGCGCCAAAAUUUGGUGGCAGUGCUGGGACCGAGUACAAACAAAGCCGGACGUCAUGCGUUGAGUGUGUGCGAUGCCAAAGAGUUGCCUUUUUUGGAUACGCGCUGGGAUUUUGGCGCACAGCUGCCUACAAUAAAUUUGCAUCCACAUCCAGCGCAGCUGGGCGUGGCGCUUAAAGAUUUGGUUACAGCGCUGGGCUGGGAGAGCUUCACCAUUGUCUACGAGUCGGCGGAGUAUCUGGUGACGGUGAAUGAGCUGCUGCGCAUGUAUGGCACGGCAGGGCCGACAAUAACACUAAGACGCUACGAUCUGGACCUCAAUGGCAACUAUCGCAAUGUGCUGCGGCGUAUACGCAAUGCGGAGGAUGAUUCAUUUGUUGUGGUCGGCUCGCUGGAAACGCUGCCCGAGCUGUUUAAGCAGGCUCAGCAGGUGGGGCUGCUUACCAGCGACUAUCGCUACAUCAUCGCUAAUCUAGACUGGCAUACCAUGGAUCUGGAGCCGUAUCAGCAUGCGGAUGUAAAUAUAACAGGGCUACGCUUGGUUUCCCCCGAAAGCGAACAGGUGCUGGAGGUGGCCAAAGCGCUGUACGAGAGCGAGGAGCCCUUUCAAAAUGUGUCCUGUCCCCUGACCAGCAGCAUGGCACUUGUAUACGACGGCAUACAGCUGCUGGCCGAGACCUACAAACAUGUUAACUUCCGGCCCGUGCCGCUGAGCUGCGGGGACGACAGCUCCUGGGACAAAGGCUACACGCUCGUCAACUACAUGAAGUCGCUGACGCUCAACGGCCUCACGGGCGCCAUACACUUUGACUACGAGGGUCUGCGCACAGAUUUCCAGCUGGAAGUGAUUGAGCUUGGCGUCUCGGGCAUGCUGAAAGUCGGCGAAUGGAGCAGCGAGGGUGGCUUCGAAAUGAAACGACCGCCAUUGAUGCAUACACUCGAACCCGAUAUGCGCUCGCUGAUGAACAAAAGUUUCAUCGUUGUGACAGCAAUUAGCGAACCCUACGGCAUGUUGAAGGAAACGCCCGAGAAGCUGGAGGGCAAUGCACAGUUCGAAGGCUUUGGCAUUGAGCUUAUCGAUGAGCUGUCCAAGAAACUGGGCUUCAGCUAUACUUUCUAUUUGCAGCCGGACAACAAGUACGGCGGCAUAGAUCCCAAGACGGGCGAGUGGAACGGCAUGAUACGCGCCAUCAUAGACAAUCGCGCUGACAUGGGCAUUACCGAUUUGACAAUGACAUCGGAGCGUGAGAGUGGCGUGGACUUUACCAUACCAUUCAUGAAUUUGGGCAUUGCCAUAUUGUUUCGCAAACCAAUGAAAGAGCCACCGAAACUAUUUUCAUUCAUGUCGCCAUUCUCCGGUGAGGUUUGGCUUUGGCUAGGGCUGGCCUAUAUGGGGGUAUCCAUUAGCAUGUUUGUGCUGGGACGCAUGUCGCCGGUGGAGUGGGACAAUCCGUAUCCGUGCAUAGAGGAGCCAACAGAGCUGGAAAAUCAAUUUAGCUUUGCCAACUGCAUGUGGUUUUCCAUUGGAGCGCUGCUGCAGCAGGGCUCAGAGCUGGCGCCCAAAGCGUUUUCCACGCGUGCUGUGGCUUCCUCUUGGUGGUUUUUUACGCUGAUUUUGGUUUCAUCGUAUACAGCAAACUUGGCGGCGUUUUUGACAGUUGAAUCGCUGGUAACACCCAUAGAGGAUGCUGAUGACUUGUCGGAGAAUAAGGGAGGCGUAAACUAUGGUGCUAAGAAUGGUGGCAGCACUUUUACGUUUUUCAAAGAUGCCAAAUGGCCUACAUAUCAAAAAAUGUACGAGUAUAUGAAAGAGAAUCCAGAGUAUAUGACAAACUCCAAUCAGGAAGGCGUCGAUCGUGUGGAGAACAGCAAUUAUGCUUUUUUAAUGGAGUCCACAACUAUAGAAUAUAUAACUGAACGUCGCUGCACUUUGACGCAGGUGGGCGCGCUGCUUGAUGAGAAAGGCUAUGGCAUAGCUAUGCGCAAGAAUUGGCCCUAUCGUGAUAUGUUAAGUCAGGCUGUGCUGGAGCUGCAGGAGCAAGGCGUGCUCACCAAAAUGAAAACAAAAUGGUGGAAGGAGAAACGUGGCGGUGGCGCUUGUUCGGAUGCAGGUGAUGAGGCUGGCGCGCUUGCUUUGGAGAUAAGCAAUCUGGGUGGCGUUUAUUUGGUUUUGGGUGCCGGCGCGGUGUUCGCUGCGCUCGUUUCAUUGCUAGAGAUGCUGCUGGGCGUUAAGGAGCGCAGCGCUGAGAAUCAGGAGGAGCCCGAGUCGGAUGCCAGCUCGCUGGGCUUUGCGAAUUUGGGCGGCGUCUACUUGGUCAUGUUUGUGGGCAGCUGCUUUGCCAGCGUUUAUGGCCUGAUUAACUGCCUGCUGAGCGUGUUUUGGACUGCGCGAGAGAACAAGGUGAACUUCAAGGAUGAACUGCUGGAUGAGCUGCGCUUUAUAAUGCAAUGUGCUGGCAACACCAAAGCUGUUAAAUAUCCGCAAAAGUCGGACGCAAACUCCGACUCAGCAGGCAGCCACAAGUCUAAGGGCUCUGGCUCUUCGCUCUCAGUAGAUUCGCUGCCAGAAGAUCAGUCUACGCACGAUGUGGAAGCCGUCAAAAGCAAAAAGUAGUUUACUUAGUAUUUAAUUCGGUAUUUUGUUCAACGCGUUUUAUAGCCGUGAGCUUUUGCAAGCUUACAACUUAGCUUGUUUUGCCACCAGCACAUGUAUAACAGUUAUGUUAGUUCUUGUACGUGCUAAGCUUUAAGCUGGCGCUAAGUUCAAAUUUGUAUUUUCAAUAAAUAAGUUAAA